GUUGAUAUCGAGGACAUGAAUGACAACGCACCGCGAUUUCUGCGAAACAAAUUUCAGCUGGAGAUCAAUGAGUUCACCUCUCCCGGUGCCCGGUUUUACUUGGGCAUGGCAGAGGAUCCGGAUGUGGGCAGUAACUCGCUGCAACGCUACGAACUGGAGGCCAACAGGUACUUCACAGUGGAGGUAAAAGACAGCCAAGACGGCAGCAAAUCCGCGGAGCUGGUGCUUCGCCACUCACUUGACAGGGAGAGCGAGCCCAGCCUGCGUCUGCUGUUGACGGCGCUGGAUGGCGGAGACCCGCCCCGGACUGGCACCGCCCAGCUCUGGAUCAACGUCACCGAUGCAAAUGACAACCCUCCCGUGUUCGCGCAGGAUCGGUACCGGGUCAGCCUGCGAGAGGACACUCCUCCGGGAUUCGCGGUGCUGAACGUCUCUGCCUCCGAUGCUGACGCCGGCACAAAUGCCCACAUCACCUACGGCUUCGGGAAAAUGCCGGCCAAGGUACUUCAGAAAUUCACGGUGGAUGCCGAGAGAGGGACGAUCACGCUGCAAGAGGCGCUGGACUUUGAGGACACGCGCGCAUUCAGUUUGGCCGUGGAGGCGACUGACGGCGGCGGACUCACCGACCACUGUGAAGUGCAGAUCGACAUCACAGACGAGAAUGACAACGCGCCCGAGAUCAACAUUUUGUUGCUAUCGAGUCCCGUGCCCGAGGAUGCCCCAGUCGGCACCGUGGUGGCCCUGCUGAAUGUGCACGAUCCUGAUUCAUCGGAGAACGGUCAGGUGUCGUGCGAGCUGUCGGGGGAGGCGGCGCUGUCGCUGGUGGCGUCGUCGGGCGGCUCGUACAAGGUGGUGACGGCGAGCGCGCUGGACCGCGAGCAGGCGUCGGAGCAGCGCGUGACGGUGGUGGCCCGGGACCGGGGCAGGCCGUCGCUGUGGAGCAGCAGGGAGCUGGUGCUGGAGGUGUCGGACGUGAACGACAACGCGCCGGUGUUCGAGGAGGCGGCGUACAGCGCGUACGUGGCGGAGAACAACGCGGCGGGCGCGCUGGUGCUGCGCGUGCAGGCGCGGGACGCGGACGCGGGCGCCAACGGGCGCGUGAGCUACUGGCUGGCGGGCGGCAGCGCGGGCGCGGCGGGCGCGGCGCCGCUGGUGUCGGUGGAGGCGCGGAGCGGCGCGCUGUACGCGCAGCGCUCCUUCGACUACGAGCAGUGCCGCGAGUUCGCGGUGGCCGUGCGGGCGCAGGACGGCGGCGCGCCGGCGCGCAGCUCCACGGCCACGGUGCGCGUCUUCGUGCUGGACCGCAACGACAACGCGCCGCGGGUGCUCUGGCCGGCGGCGGCGGCGGCAGCGGGAGAGGCGGCGGCGGGAGGGGCGGCGUCUCCGUUCGAGGUGGUGCCGCGCUCGGCCGAGGCCGGCUACCUGGUGGCCAAGGUGGUGGCGGUGGACGCGGACGCGGGGCGCAACGCGUGGCUGUCGUACGAGCUGGUGCAGGCGUCGGAGCCGGCGCUGUUCCGCGUGGGGCUGCACAGCGGCGAGGUGCGCACGGCGCGCGCCGUGUCCGAGCGGGACGCGGCCAAGCAGCGUGUGGUGGCCGUGGUGAAGGACCACGGGCAGCCGGCGCUGUCGGCCACGGCCACGCUGCACGUGGUGCUGGCCGAGAGCUUGCAGGAGGCGCUGCCGGAGCUGAGCGAGCGGCCGGCGGGCGCCGAGGCGGAGGCGGCGGCGGCGGCGGCCGAGCUGCAGUUCUACCUGGUGCUGGCGCUGGCGCUGCUGUCGGCGCUCUUGGUGCUGAGCGUGGCGCUGGCCGUGGUGGCGCGGCUGCGCCGGGCCGGGCCCCCCGCCGUGCUGCGCUGCCUGGGCGAGCAGCGCUUCUCGCUGGCCGGCGCCGCCUUCCCGGCCGACUUCUGCGAGGGCACCUUGCCCUACUCCUACAACCUGUGCGUGCCGCCGCCGGCCCGCGCCGUGCCCGAGGCCGCUUGGCCGCCGCCGCCGCCGCCGCCGGUGCCGCCGGUGCCCGUCCUGUCGGCGGAGGAGCUUCUGGGCGGCGAUUCCUGCGAGAAGCCGAGCCCGAGCAGUAACGUCGUGGUGGGAGAGCCGCCCGCCCAUGCUGGUGCACUGCAGGUAUGUAAAGCGUGA